CGUAGUAAAAACAAUAUAAUGUCGUUGAUGGAGAUCAGAUUGGAGACCCUUUAAAUACUCCAUUCCAGAUUCUAUGUUUCCACAACAAGCUCGAAACAGUCAAUAUUUGGUGAAUUUUGAGCUUUAAUUUGUAGCCAUGGCGAAGAAGCCAAGCAUGGGCAGGCAAAAGAUCAAGAUCGCCAAAAUAGAGACGAAGACUCACCUACAAGUCACCUUCUCCAAGCGCCGAUCUGGCCUUUUCAAGAAAGCCAGCGAGCUAUGCACUCUCUGCGGCGUAGAGAUCGCAAUUAUAGUCUUCUCGCCGGCCGGAAAACCUUUCUCCUUCGGAAACCCCAACGUGGGCCCCAUUCUCGACCGUUUCCUCUCCCGGAACCCUCACACAGUCUCCGGCGCCGCCGAUCUACACCGCAGCGCCGCCGUCUGCGAGAUGAACCUCCAGCUCACGCAGAUGCUGGCUGCGUCGGAGAUGGAGAAGAAGAGAGGAGAGAUGCUUGGCCGGAUGAGAACGGAGAGGCGGCGGAGCCGCCAGUACUGGUGGGAAGCUCCGAUCUCCGAGCUUGGCUUGCCGGAGCUCCAACAGGUGAUGAUCGCCAUGGAUGAGCUCAAGAAAAGUGCACUCCAAUUGAUCAUGGCGGAAUUUGCUAAACCCUAGAUUGAAAAGAUUGUACUCCCAUUCUGAUGGUUUUAUCGAUUUUCUGUUCUCUUUUCUUAACUAAUUAGAAGAGAUAAAUCGAUGAAUGUGUCCCAAUAAUUCUUCCCU